CAGAGAGGCAAAACCAAACCAGAAAGCCCUGGGAAGCUGUAAGGCUUAGGAACAUCAAAAGCUCCACGGGACGGCACCCAAGGCGCUCCGGGAUGGCGUUCCGCGGGACCCUUCGGCCGCUCAAAGUUCGCAGGAGGCGAGAGACGCUGCCGCAGCAAGUUGGCUUCGUGUGCGCGGUGCUGGCCCUGGUGUGCUGUGCUUCCGGCCUCUUCGGCAGCUUGGGGCAUAAAACAGCUGCUUCUAGCAAACGUUUCCUGCCAGACACAUGGAGAAAUAGAAAAUUGAUGGCCCCAGUGAAUGGGACACAGACAGCCAAGAACUGCACAGAUCCUGCGAUUCACGAGUUCCCCACAGACCUGUUCUCCAAUAAGGAGCGUCAGCAUGGAGCUGUCUUGUUGCACAUCCUUGGUGCUCUGUAUAUGUUCUAUGCCUUGGCCAUAGUGUGCGAUGACUUCUUUGUCCCGUCUCUAGAGAAGAUCUGUGAGAGGCUGCAUCUGAGCGAAGAUGUGGCUGGAGCCACCUUCAUGGCUGCAGGAAGCUCAACACCAGAGCUGUUUGCCUCUGUAAUUGGUGUGUUCAUCACCCACGGGGAUGUCGGGGUCGGCACCAUCGUGGGCUCCGCCGUGUUCAACAUCCUGUGUAUAAUCGGAGUGUGUGGGCUGUUUGCUGGGCAGGUGGUUCGUCUGACGUGGUGGGCCGUGUGCCGAGACUCCGUGUACUAUACCAUCUCUGUCAUUGUGCUCAUCGUGUUCAUAUAUGAUGAACAAAUUGUGUGGUGGGAAGGCCUGGUGCUCAUCAUCUUGUAUGUGUUUUAUAUUCUGAUCAUGAAGUACAAUGUGAAGAUGCAAGCCUUUUUUACAAUCAAACAAAAGAGCAUUGCAAAUGGCAACCCGGUCAACAGUGAGCUGGAGGCUGGUAAUGAUUUCUAUGAUGGUAGCUAUGAUGACCCUUCCGUGCCAUUGCUGGGGCAAGUGAAGGAGAAGCCACAGUAUGGCAAGAGCCCCGUGGUGAUGGUGGACGAGAUCAUGAGCUCCAGCCCUCCCAAGUUCACCUUCCCAGAAGCAGGCUUACGAAUCAUGAUCACCAACAAGUUUGGGCCCAGGACCCGACUACGGAUGGCCAGCAGGAUCAUCAUUAAUGAGCGGCAGAGACUGAUCAACUCAGCAAACGGUGUGGGCAGCAAGCCGCUUCAAAACGGAAGACAUGAGAACAUUGAGAACGGGAAUGUUCCCAUGGAAAACCCCGAAGACCCUCAGCAGAAUCAGGAGCAGCAGCCGCCGCCACAGCCACAGCCCCCAGAACCAGAGCCGGUAGAGGCUGGCUUCCUGUCCCCGUUCUCCAUGCCCGAGGCCAGAGGGGACAAAGUCAAGUGGGUGUUCACCUGGCCCCUCAUCUUCCUCCUGUGUGUCACCAUUCCCAACUGCAGCAAGCCCCGCUGGGAGAAGUUCUUCAUGGUCACCUUCAUCACUGCCACGCUGUGGAUCGCUGUGUUCUCCUACAUCAUGGUGUGGCUGGUGACUAUUAUCGGAUACACACUUGGGAUCCCGGAUGUCAUCAUGGGCAUUACUUUCCUGGCAGCAGGGACAAGUGUUCCAGACUGCAUGGCCAGCUUAAUUGUGGCAAGACAAGGUCUUGGGGACAUGGCAGUCUCCAACACCAUAGGAAGCAAUGUGUUUGACAUCCUGGUAGGACUUGGCGUACCAUGGGGCUUGCAGACCAUGGUUGUUAAUUACGGAUCAACGGUGAAGAUCAAUAGCCGGGGGCUGGUCUAUUCGGUGGUCCUGUUGCUGGGCUCUGUCGCUCUCACCGUCCUCGGUAUCCACCUAAACAAGUGGCAGCUGGACCGAAAGCUGGGCGUCUACGUGCUGGUUCUCUACGCCAUCUUCUUGUGCUUCUCCAUAAUGAUAGAGUUUAACGUCUUUACCUUCGUCAACUUGCCAAUGUGCCGGGAAGAUGAUUAGCGCUGAGUCGUGGCCCCUGGGAGCUGAUCUGGACACCCUGUGACACUGGCGUCCUCCUCUCCCCACCACCCCCAACCACAGGUCUCUCCUGCAUAGGCAGCCACCGUCUGUUCUUUCACGCACUGGAAGGAAGAGUCAUGUGGUCUUUGUCUGGUCACAGGCCAGGCUGCCGGGCAUCCUCCUCCUCCUUGGAGUUCCGUCCCUGCAAGGCUGGAUUUGGGGGACAUUAUCUGAGCAGCUUCCAAGACCCCUGAGCUGCCAACUGCAGAGAUGUGUGGGCAUCUCGUCUCUCCUGCACACGUUAGUCAGAAGGACUUCUGCAUGCAGUUUGUCUUUCUGUUCCACAGGCAGCCUUGAAAAUGAGGUCAUUUGUAAGCAUGAGCGCUCAGAGGGCAGGUGCAAAAUAGGAAUGUUGUUCUGAAGUGUCACCUCCGACCCAGAGGUGGUUCCUUAGGCAGCAAGUGCUCCUGGGAGCCUCUGACUUCUGCCAGAAACACCCAUGGUUUGGAAGAGGCAAGACCUCAACCUGUUGGGGGUUUAGGGCCCAUGAUGGCAGACAUUCUACCCCUUUUCCUGGAAAAACUGUAAGAAUGAAAAUAAUUUUUUCUGCAGAAGAGAGAAAAUGAGUGAAUAUUCUUCCCACUUUAAUUGAUGCAUUCAGAGAAUAAGCAAUGAAAUAUGAGAAUAAGCAAGGAAACAUCAUCUAGGUCAUCAUACUUGAAAACUUCCAUUCCAUAUGAAAGGAUCGUGAUACAGACCAGAAAGGUCACGAGCAUAGAGACACAGAUCCUCUGUGCACCAUCUUGCAUUGGUGCUGAGUUGCCUGGUUCGGGAUAGAGAAAAAGGGGAGAGACGGAUGUGGAAAGGUGCUAACUCAGAGACUGGAGAUUAUAGUUUACAGCUGUACUUUCCAGAUCUUCUAUGUGACAAUGCACUGUCCAUGUGGGUUUGUCACGUCUUUGUUAACACUCUAGUUUCAGAACUACCCUGUGGAAAGGCCCAGUUGUUAAUAUGCCCAACAAAUUUCAUAGCCUGCUGAACUGGACUGAGUAUCCGAAGUGCUGGUUAGUGACGAGAAGAGAGAUUGCCUGCAGCACCACAGAUUGCUUUCUGGUUAGCGGAAGGCAAGUGUGAAAAUCAUAAUUUAGAAUAUUUAUAGAGCUAAGCUUCUGGAAUCAUGUCAUUUACAUGUGAAAGGCCACAAAUGGGAUGCUGACUCAAAACUAGAUAGAAAGUUAUAAAAUAAUUUUCCACCACUUCAUAGCUCUCAAAUAUAUAUUUAAAAGAUGUAUGAAUACAAACCAGGUAUGGUUUCUAAAAAAAGAAAGCACAAUUAAUUUUAUAGAGAGGUUUUUUAUUUUUUUAAUAUUUCUAUUGCAAAAGUCUAUCCGAUUUGAUGCACUUUGAAUAUUGAGAUAUUUUGCACGGAUGAAUGUAUGGGAACUACCCAUGAUGAUGUAAGAAGAAAGAACAUUUUUCCUGAUUCACCAGACAUCGCUUGCAACUUAGUGAUGAGUUUAAAUCCAGUAGCUAAUCCCUUCCUGAGACUCAAAGAUGGUGACCCGGGUGGAAAUUUCUGUGCUCUUUAGGGCCUCCUGAGUUUCAAAAGGAGAAAGUGUUCAUGCUUGUGUCGCUGACUUCCCUGUUGCGUGAGCCUGCCAUGGGCCCUCACCCCCACCCCCAGGCUUCUAUUCGGGAUUCACAUCAGUAUUUGUAUCAUAGCUACGCCAAGUUCAGGUUUUUCUCUUUUUUUUUUUUUACCUAGAAAUUGGGUUCAAUGGUCUUCCACUUGAGGAUGAGGGUGAUUUUCCUAAGAAAUCAGCAAAGCAUGAAAGCAGGGACCCUGCAGUUCACCAGUAUAAACUUUAGCUUCAGGGACUCCAGAGCCCUUGAGUCCACUCUGUGCCCUGAGUAGCUUAGUUCCCCUGUCCCUCCCAUCUUACAGGCUCAGCCAGGUUCCAAAGUGCUUCUGUCUCUGUUUUGAUUCUUCAAAUGGUCCUGUGAUAUAUGUAGGGAUUAUUCUCCCCAUUUAACAGAAAGUAGUGUCUUCGAGAGGUCAAGGGACUCUAGUUCAGUGGCCAGUCAUAGCAGAAGGGAGGCCAAGCACCAGCCCAUCACCCCUCCCAGUCCAGCCUCUGAGUUGGCCACACUUGGGGAGUGAGUGUGGAUGUGACUUCAUCCUCCUGGUUGGUACUUACAGUUUGAGUCAAAACCUCUUCAAUAUAUCAUCAACUCCUGGGUUCCUCAGGUCGUAUCCUAAUAUCAGUCCCUAUCCAAUGCCUCUAUUUUCUUGAAAAAAGAAAGACCAAAAAUUGUUUUUAGCUAUGACAAGGCACAGGCCACGUGGCGCCUGAUGGUGUCCCUGCUGGUUUCGAUCUCUGAAGGCUUGUGUAGCUUUCAGAGCAUACAUUUCCUAAUUACCCUCCUCUUCCUCAGCAGAAUCCAUUUGAGAUUAUAAAUGGAUACUCUUAGUCUCUAAAGUUGCAGUUAGAAACUAAAAUAAUCUUUUUAAUAUGUGAUGUGCUCCUCUUGGCUGAUUUUCUUUUGACUUUAAUGUGCCAAUGUAACUUCCUUUAAAGGAUCUAUGCAUCUAUUAAAUCUAGAAAACUGUGUGUACACUGUAGGUGGAAAAUUCUCUUUUUUAACUAAAUAUUUUUCCAUCACAAGUUUAAAAACUUGCAUGAUUAAUUAGGCCAUCCUUUUUAAAUUACGCUUUCAUCACUAUGCAGGAUUACUUUAUUUUAUUCCCAAAGCUAAUUAGCAUGGGGUAAUUACUCUGGUACAGAAAUAGGCAAUUGGAAAAAAUGAAUUUAGCUCUUCUCAUUGAGGGCAGGAAAGAAGGAAAAAACAAACCAUUGUACUCAGAUGGAAAAUGCCUAUAGACACAGGAGCAGGUGGUUCCUGUGGACUUCUGGUUUGGAAUUUGGCCUCCCCAGGUCAAGCAUGGUCAAGGUGGAAGGUGUCCAGUAUCUUGAGAACCUGGCCCUGGAGGAAGGUUCUGGGUCAGCUGCAGUGAGAGACUGGUGAUUAAGGACACCGUGAGCAGGACAGAGUCCUCACCUUACCCACCCAUCCUUCCUGUUACCCACAGCCUGCUGGCCCUUGUGUCUCUUCCCCUUGUCACUCGUGUCUCCUCUUUAUGCACAGAGCUGGGUGCUCUUACAAAUUUUCUUGUUUUUAGUUUUUGAGACAGCAUCUCGCUCUGUCGCCCAGACUGGAGUGCAGUGGUGCCAUCUUGGCUCAUUGCAAACUCCGCCUCUCGAGUUCCAGCAAUUCUCUUGCCUCAUCCUCUCAAGUAGCUGGGAUUAUAGGUGCUUGCCACCACACCCAGCUAAUUUUUGUAUUUUUACUAGAAACGGGGGUUUCACCAUGUUGGCCGGGCUGGUCUUGAACUCCUGACUGCAGGUGAUCCACCCACUUCAGUUUCCCAAAGUGCUGGGAUUACAUGUGUAAGCCACCACACCCAGGCUGACCUUGUGAAUUUUCAGCUGCUCAUUACCCCUCACUUGUUAGGGUUGUUUCUUGCUUUUGCCCCUGUGGGUACCCUGCCUUGACAGACCCAAGCUGCUGAAAAGGCACCAAGCUUCCCUGACCAGGUGGGGUGUCCUGCAGACCCUGACCAAAGCCCGUUCCUGGGCGCUCCGGGUCCAGGUUUCCUCCGCCUGCUCUUCCCUGUUAAUGGGAGUUUGCAAGCCUAAUAGCAUCAGCAGGAGCCCACAUCUCAGAGAACCCCCGACUCCCAGCACAGACCAGGAAUUCAGGAAGGGUGUGGGUUGUGUCAUUGCUGGAUACCCUGCUUUCUCCUCUCUGCAUCCUGGGGCCCCUCCCCCUCCUUAAAGCUGGGGUGGACUGAGGGACAGGAGAGGCAGAGGAGAGGAUCAGAGUUCAUCGCCUGCUGGGAAAAAGCAAGAGCGAAUCCCAAGCCAGCGGCUGGGGCUGCCUUCCGUGCCUUCCUGCCACGUGAGACGGGUGACUGAGGCUUAGAAAACUGGAACUCAAAGGUUCUGUUGCCGUAUGUUGGAACUUUCCCCCUGGGAUUCAGCAGUUGAGAAGCAGAGUCCUUUCUGCCCAGGGUGAAUGGGUCCUUGGGGCAGGGGUUGGUCUUUUGUCUCCCACCCCUAUCUUUCCUUUCCUUCCUGGCCAUGCUCCUCCCUGGCUGGAAAAAGGUGGCUGUGCUGUUCCUGUGAUCACUCUCAGCAAAUGCUUGUGGCUCAAAUAAACAAAGAACUUAACCUGUUAGGGUGAAAAUCCUCAGGAGAUUGUACCCAAAUGCCAUGCUUUAAACAUUCAUGGUCUCUCUAAUGCCCUCUUAGACGUGAUUUGCAUAGGGGAUGUUCUUCCCUGGGGGCAGUUAGCAGGCAUACAUGGGGCAUCUGAGGUGGUCCUCAUCUUGGCAGCUUUGUUGCCACACUGUGCCCAUAGAAACUUCUAGAAAUUUCUGAAAAUGCUCUGUGUGCAGAUCUUGGAUGGCAGGAAGUCCAUCAACCCCUACCCAAUCCUAGGCCCAAAGCACUACCCUUGCCCUCUCUUUAUGUGUGCGCACCCAGAGGAUUUCCUGUAGCUCAUCCUGUGAGCCCCUCAGGCUUGAAGCCUCCCUCUGGGGCUUCUCAAAGCACGGAGAGGGGCCCUUCCUGUCCUUUGGGAAAACCUUCCCCACUGUGUCAGUUAUAUGGGAACAAGAGCAAGGGGAUCUUUCUCUAGGCCUGUCCCACAGGGCAGAGAACAUGGGAUUUUGCUGUUCACUUUGACCCACAACCUUUGCCAGCCUGGCUUGUGUGGGGGCCCCUUCACCUUGCUGCAAAGAGCUGUUCCCCAAAGGGCCUAUCCACAGGGUACAGGUUUUUUUGUUUUUGAGAUGGAGUCUUGCUCUGUGCCCAGGCUAGAAUGCAGUGGCUCAAUCACAGCUCACUGCAACCUGCCCCUCCUGGGUUCAAAUGAUUCCCCUGUCUCAGCCUCCUGAGUAGCUGGGACUACAGGUGCCCACCACUGUGCUCUGCUAAUUUUUGUAUUUUUAGUAGAGAUGGGGUUUCACCAUCUUGGCCAGGCUGAUCUUGAACUCCUGAUCUCAUGAUCCAUCCGCCUUGGAUUCCCAAACAGCUUCGAUUACAGGCGUGAACCACUGUGCCUAGCCAGGGUACAGGUGUUAAAAAGGCUUUUUUUUUUUUUUUUUUUGUGAGAGGGUAUCGCUUUUUUGCCCAGGCUGAAGUGCAGUGGUGCCAUCUUGGUUCAUUGUAACCUCCGCCUCCCGGGUUCAAGCGAUUCUCCCACCUAAGCCUCCCAGGUAGUUGGGACUACAGGCACACACCACCACACCCAGCUAAUUUUUGCACUUUUAGUAGAGGAGUUUUGCCAUGUUGGUCAGGCUAGUUUUGAACUCCUGACCUCGAGUGAUCCCCCUACCUCGGCCUCCCAGAGUGCUGAGAUUACAGGCAUGAGCCACUGUGCCUGGCCAAAAAAGACAUUUUGAUUUAGAUUGCUGUAUUUGCUUGUUGAUAAAGAAAACUAAAUUGGGACACUAAUUUUGUGCUCAGCUUUAGGCUGGGUAGCUAAUGGGAGGAUGUCCAGCCUGUCACUGUGCUCCCAACCCAAGGAAAGGGGUGCCUGCCCGAAGUCAGGAGAAGAGGUGCUUCCCUUCCAUUCUGUAACCAUGGUGGCACUGUCUUUUCAGGGAAGCGAGCUGAGAGGUUUUAGGGCUUUGAUUAUUUUAUGAGGGUUUUAAAACUCCUAACUUUUCAAUGACAAAUGGCUCCCAGGUGCCAUUGUCUCUGUUAAACCCUCAAACAUUCUCGAGCACACACUGCCAGGGGCACAGGUGGUCUUUCGUCUUUUGCCUGCAUGUUUCUAAGGCUCUUUAUCAGAUCUCACAGUGUCAGUGUCCAGCUGUCAAAGUUGUGAAUCUUCCUCCUGCUUUUAACGGGGCUGACAAAAUACUCUCUUCUAGGCUAGGAUGAUGUCUGAUGCUGGGAUGUUCUUGUACCGGGACUUGAGGGCACAGGUGGCAUCUCUGAGAGCUGAAAUCCACACGGUGCCUCUGGGAAAGUUGAGCCCUUGGCUGUGUGGCUUUUCCAUCCCUUGGAUUUACAGGUCUGGGAAUCGGCGGCUCCUUAGUUAUAUAACCCCAGUGAAUGCUGGCCUAAGCCAAACCUAUUCCCACUGUUGCUAGAAUACAAACGGCUGCUUUUUUUUUUUUCUUUUUGAGAAAGGGUCUCAUUCUGUUGCCCAGGCUGGAGCGCAGUGGCUUGAUCACAGCUCACAAAAGCCUCAAACUCCUAGGCUCAAGUGAUCCUCCUGCCUUGGCCCGCAAAGUGGCCGAGACUACAGGCACAUGCCACCACACCCAGCUAAUUUCUUUCUUUUUUUUAGAGACAGGGUCUUGCUGUGUUGCUCAGGUAGGUCUUGAACUCCUGGCCUCAUGUGAUCCUCCUGCCUUGACCUCCCAAAAUGCUGGGAUUACAAGUGUGAGCCACCGCACCCGGCCCAAGCAGUUGCUUUUUAUACAACAUGUUGGUUGGGACUUGUCUGUGGACCAAGCCAAUAAAAUUCUUAAUCCUGCAGAGAGUCAGUACCCUCAUCACCCCAUCACUGGAAAACAAGUGUUUUAUGGUAUCAAGAGAGGGAAUGAGCAGCUUUUGGUUUCUAGAUGCAUGGUUUGGUGUGAUCUGCCUUUGUGCCUAAAGGGAAUGUGCAAAGCAACAGAGCCUUCUUUGCUGCCGCUCCAGAAUUCUCAACACAGAAUUUCCCAAGUCCAUUCAGGACAGACAUGCGGUCCUCUUUCAAUGGAAAAAGAGAGGACUUUCCCCUCCUGAAAAUGACUGGAGCGUGAAGAAGGCAGCUCUGUUUUUCCAAACAAGAUGUUCUUGUGAGGUUUUCUUUUUUUUCUGGCCACUGGGCAUCUCUGCCCUCACCUUUCAUUCCUGCCCUCUCAGCUGCAGACCCCAUGACCACACUGUCUGCUUCCUUGAGCUUCCUGCAUGAGGCUUGGACCUUGGGGACCUGGAGCCCCAGCAGACAGAACUCUGGCUGAGCCAUGGUGGCCAGCUCUUGGGGAGCCCAACAGUGGGGGUUGCUGGUCUGUGAGGCUGAGUCUCCAUUUCAGAGCACACACUCCCUGGCAGGGCGCCUCUGCCUGUGUCUCCUGCCCAGCAGCCGCCAGCAGGGAGUAGUUGAUGCUGUCUGAGCACAAAGAGAGCUUUGAUUACCUAGGGAGGAAAAAGGCUGUCAGCGAGAUGCAGCCAGGUCCUUGGGUAGAUGCAGGAGUUGCUAAGGAAGGGACGGGGCCAGGAGAGGCCAGGCAGAUCCAAGAUGCCCAAGGGGAUGCCAGACGCGGUUCCUGAGGGAGACCUGGGUCUUCCUGGGCCCUGUCCUGACCUACCAAGUAGCAGGUAGAUGGAAUCAGAGGACUCUUGCUGAAAGAACCUCCUUAAAAACAACCAAAACCAAGAACUUCUGGGGCUGUUCACACAUUGUUCGAGAUCCCCCUAAGAUCGUUCUGGCAUGCUGAGCCGCACGCCACGAUCUUUGUUCAUUCUCUCUCUAAUGGACAAAGCAGGAGCAUUGAGGUGAAAAGUUGUAAAUAAUGAGUAUGUUUAUCCUGCUAUUUAUUUUUUCAAUAACUGUGACCUCCUGCACUGUGAAUGCUCUGUGAUAUGAGAUUCUUAGUUUAAUAAAACUGUCUUUAAAUUUGAAUUGAUAUGAUUGGUUACUGAACACUGGCAUGAGUUUAUUUUUAUUGUGAAAAAAAAUCUACCGUAAAUCUAAACUAAACCUUUCCAAGAAAUCUAGCAGUCAGUAUUGUAAUGCAAUAUAUCAAAAUCUGUACACUGUCAAUAAAAUAAAUGAGCACAAGUUGUCUUUCCCUAAA